AUGUCAUCGUGCAACACUAUUGGUAUCGACCUCGGUACUACGUAUUCAUGCGUCGGAGUAUAUCAGAAUGGAAAGGUGGAAAUCCUUGCCAAUUCUGAAGGAAACAAGACGACGCCGUCUUAUGUGGCGUUCACCGAAUCAGAACGGCUUGUCGGAGACGCGGCAAAAGAUCAAGCUGCCAGGAAUCCCGAGAACACUGUGUUCGACGCGAAGCGAUUGAUCGGACGCCGAUUCGACGAUCCGACUGUUCAGGCCGAUAUGCGCCAUUUCCCGUUCGCCGUGAAGAACAAGAACGGAAAACCGGUGGUUGAGGUGGAAGUGAAGUCGGAACGUCGCCAGUUCAAUCCCGAAGAGAUCUCGGCGAUGGUGCUACAGAAGAUGAAGGAAACUGCAGAGACGUAUCUCGGCAAGACAGUCAAGGAUGCGGUCAUCACAGUUCCGGCCUACUUCAACGACAGUCAACGUCAGGCGACAAAAGACGCGGCGACGAUUGCGGGUCUCAACGCGAUUCGCAUCAUCAAUGAGCCAACUGCAGCUGCUCUUGCCUAUGGUCUCGACAAGAAUAUCAAGGAUGAGAAGAAUGUGCUCAUCUUCGAUUUGGGAGGUGGCACAUUCGAUGUUUCGGUUCUCACGAUUGCCGAAGGAUCGAUCUUCGAAGUCAAAUCGACGGCCGGAGACACUCAUUUGGGAGGAGAAGACUUUGAUCAGCGAAUGCUUCAACAUCUCGUCGCUGAAUUCAAACGCAAGACUGGAAAAGAUAUAACAAAGAAUCCUCGUGCUCUUCGACGUCUCCGAACUGCGUGCGAACGUGCCAAGAGAACGUUGUCCAGCUCAUCGGAAGCGACAAUUGAGAUCGAUUCGCUCCACGAGGGAACCGACUUCUACUCGAAGGUCACCCGUGCUCGGUUCGAAGAGCUUUGUGCGGAUCUCUUCCGGAAGACGUUGGAACCGGUCGAGAAGGCGCUUCGUGAUGCCAAGUUGGACAAGUCUCGAAUCGACGAAAAACUCCUCAAGGACUUCUUCAAUGGAAAGGAAUUGAACUGCUCGAUCAAUCCGGAUGAAGCUGUUGCCUACGGAGCUGCUGUUCAAGCGGCAGUUCUCUCCGGAGUCAAAGACAACUCGAUCAAGGAUGUGCUUCUCGUUGACGUCGCCCCACUGAGCCUUGGAAUCGAGACUGCUGGAGGCGUUAUGACGAAUCUCAUCGAUCGUAACACCACGAUUCCGACAAAGGCAACGAAGACAUUCACGACGUAUGCCGACAAUCAACCAGGUGUCUCGAUCCAAGUGUUCGAAGGAGAACGUGCGAUGACUCGUGACAAUCAUCGUCUCGGCACCUUCGAACUUUCCGGAAUCCCGCCAGCACCACGUGGAGUGCCUCAGAUCGACGUCACGUUUGACAUCGAUGCGAACGGAAUCUUGAAUGUCUCGGCAGUCGACAAGUCGACCGGCAAGUCGAACAAAAUCACGAUCAAGAACGAGAAGGGCCGAUUGUCGCAAGCGGAGAUCGACCGAAUGGUGAACGAAGCGAAGCAGUUCGAGCAGGAGGAUGAGGCUCAACGACAACGCGUCGCCGCCAGAAACCAACUCGAGGCGUACGCAUUCCAGUGCAAGCAGGCUCUCGAUGAACACGGAAGCCGCUUGAGUCCAGAAGACGUACAACGAGCCCGCGAAGCCUGCGACGAAACAAUCCGCUGGAUGGAAUCGAACACUUUGGCUGAGAAGGAGGAGAUUGAGGCCAAGGAACACGAACUCAAGCAGAUCAGCCAGUCAAUCAUGGCGAAGCUUCACCAGAAUGGCGGAGCUUCGGCCAACUGCGGAAAUGCUCAAUCAUCAGGAUUCUCGAGUGCCAACUACCCCGGUGGAAAUGGUCCAACCAUCGAAGAAGUCGACUAA